CACACACAAGGAUUUGCGCCCUCCGUCCAAGCCCCCCAUGCAGAGAAAUAAUUUCACUCUCUCACUCGCUGCUCUGGAAAGCCAGCAAGCCAUCUCACAAGCACGCAGGGCUUUGAGAGGAUGCUUUUGGAGUAGCUUCUCUACCGCGCAAAUAAACAGAGCUGGGCCUAAUAAUUCAUAAAGCUGUUUCAGCUUUUCCACAACCUAAAAUGGGCCUCUUAAACUGCCGUUCAACGUUUCUCGGACACAGCCUCUUCUCCGGUACGAAACCCUUCUCUCCCUUUCCGGUGACUGUCCCCUUUCUCUGCACCAAUAUGUCAUCGGAACCCGUUACUCAGAAUGCCGCCAGGCUUCCUCAAGAUUACCCAACACCACUCUCCCCUCCCCUGCCGUCAAUCUCAAAGGACAUAGAGCUGGCGAGAGCCAUGACUGCUUCUUCAAAAUCAAGCCUCUUUGCUCUCUCAAGAAGUGAUGUCUUAUAUGAAGACGAAUGGCUCAUGGCGGUGAACAAGCCUCAGGGGAUUUAUUGUGAGAACGUGCUGGGAUCGGUUCCUAGGCUACUCAGUGACUUGGCUGAGUCAGGCAGAUUCAAUGAAGGGGCGGAAGUCGCUCCUCCAGAGCUUCAUCUUGCUAAUCGUCUUGAUCGUGACACAAGUGGUGUAAUGAUUAUAACCAAGUCACACAAAGUGGCUUCUAAGCUUGUGAAGGCCUUUACUGAUCACAGGAUUCAUAAAUCAUAUAUUGCUCUCUGCAUUGGUUCAGCUCCAAAAUGGGAAAGAAUCACCGUUAAGUCAGGUCAUGGUCGAUCAAAAUUUGGAGCCUGGCGUGUGUAUGCUGCAUCAGAUGUGGGUCGAUCACUACCAGGUGGGUCAAUUGUUAGGGAUAUGGAAACUAUGUUUGAAGUGUUAUCAGUAAAUGGACAGGGAAGCUUCAAAGAGCCUGAAUUUGCAAAAGAUGAGGAUAAUAUGAAUAUAAUUGUUGUUGAAGAAAAAGCUUUUGUAGACACUGAUGCAAAGAAAGAUGAGAUUUUGGUCAGAGCAUAUCCUCGAAGUGGAAGAACGCAUCAAAUCCGUUUGCAUUCUCAAUACCUUGGAAUCUCUAUCAGAGGGGAUGUGAAAUAUGAGGGUAUGUAUGAGUGGAAAGGGAGAUCAUAUGAUGCCUUUGAACUUCAUGCAGAGAGCUUGUCUUUUGAGCAUCCUAUUACUGGUUCCCAAAUCAUGAUUAAGGCACCUCUGCCUUUGUGGGCUAGCCAGGCAUUGCAGCCCCUAACAGAUUAAACAGCUUCCCAUGUUCAUUCUGGAUACUUCAGGAAAGGAAACAUGCAACAGAAUCCAAAGGAAAUAACAAGAUGAGAUGUUUAGGAAAAGAGAAGCACACAUAUUUUGCAAGAAGACUCAGUUAAUAUAGCCGAAAAGAUUUGGCUCUUUCUUAAUGAUUUUGAAAAUACCCAGUUAGGAGACACUUGGUUUGUCCUUUUGGUCUUAAAGAUUUCAUACUUUUCGUGUUCAAGUCUUUGGCCUUUUAUUUCAAUGGUCAGACACUCAGAUCUCAAAGAAGUGAAUUUUUCACAUCAAAUCCUGGUGCAUCGCCAGCAGAGUUUCAUAUUCAAGGACUAUUGUUGUAGUCUAGAUAAAAACUGGCAAAGAAGCGGCUAGUCAACACGUGUAACGGAUGAAGAAAGCCGUAUCUGUAAUCUGUGUCUUCAUGGCUUAUAUUUCACCUGGAACUUUCAAGACCUGGAGCUAAAUCAGGGGCAAGACAGGCCAUGGCAUUGUAUAUGUGACUGUCAAUUAUAAUUUGUAGGUUAAAUACCGUUUUGGUCUAGAGUCUUUUUUAAGUCCCUAUAUUGAAAAAAUCUUUUUUUUUUUU